AUGUAUGAAUUGGGGGAUGGCACCUGGGAGGAGGAGAAGGCCGGCGAACACAUGGAAGCAAGCAUCAACAACAUCGCUAACAAGCUAGCCAACAUCCUCUACAUAACAAAUAUAUCCAUGAAGGAAAAUUUCGCAGCGCGAAAUGCGUUGCAGUAUGCCAAAUUUAUUAAUGAUAUGAAAUCUUAUUGUGUAAAUCUGAUCCAGGCAGUGAAUAACAUAAGUGCAGAUUUUUACAAUUACACAUGCUUGCCUGUUCAUGCGAUCCCCAGGAAUCCCUACAACAACAUACAGGACGUGAACACCAUUACGAAUAACCUUAGUGUAGACGAUGGGGCGGAUAAAAUUAAACAGAACAAGAACACACUGCACACAUUCAGAACGACGUAUGACCCAAAAGAUUUCAACACCAUCCUCAAACACAUAGAGCACUUUAAUGAUAACGUUUUCUCCGCACUGAACAACAUGCAACAUGCUAAGGUUUCCCCCCAACGGUAUGCAGAGACGCAGACGUACGGGACCGUGCUCUCAGAGCGUUUGAAGAGCAAAGAAAGGGACAGCGAGCACUUGGAGGUGUAUUUCGCCAAGGUCAAUUAUGGACUCUUCUAA